AUGAUGGCGAGUACUGGCGACCUAAUCUACGAUGUUACACUACCACCACACGACAAAGAAUCUCGCACGAUCCGGGAGCUGCGCCGUCGAAAUGCGGUUUUUAUGGUCGUGGAGCCACUUGAUGAGGUUUCCUGCUUGGCGAUUCUUGAGAUGUACGAACAAAGAUUUUCUCGUGAAUUGGACUCUGAAGUGAAGCAGCUAAUCGUCAGCGCUCGCGGAAGCUCGAACCCACUUUACGUGAGACUCUUGCUUAAUGGUCUUGAACUUUUUGAUCUGACCGAAAAUGAUCAACGCCAACAAUGGCUAAAACAGGCCUGCGAAAGCAACCAACUCAAUGGCGUGUACGAGCUUCUAAUGAAACAGUGGAAUGUCAUACUACUGAAAGAUAUGUUUGCCGAACUCCACGAGCACACUGCAAUGCUGAAGACUGCUACGUUGAACCCUUUAAACGAUGGGGGGGACCUUGGAAGUCUUCGGAUUAAGAUUGAGCAGCGUGCACUUCUGAUCCGCCAUACGCUCUCGCUUCUAGCUGUGUGCCGCUAUGGGCUAUCCGAGACUGAUUUCGCACGGCUAUUUGGUGAUGGGGUCCCACAACGUGUUUGUCAGCAGCUCUUGGCCCUCCUCAAGCCUCAUUUGAUGACAAUAUACAGGCACGACUGUAAGGGAGCUGUUCAAUUGUUAGUCUCAAGUGCUACUGCAAAAAGUUACGGCAACCAAGAAAGUGGAGGUGAAACAGUUGUGCUGUAUGAUCUCAGCCACAACCAACUGCGGCUCCUUACGCGCUAUGGAUUUUUAGGCGACGAACAGCUGCGCAACUGUUAUUACCGCGAGCUCGCCGUAUACUUUGAAGCCAUGGAAGCAUGCCAGCGCCGUGUCGACGAACUACCCGUGCAACUGGAACGCUGUUCCAUGUGGGGCGUGCUACAGAACGCGCUUGUGAAUAUGAAUAUGUUCCAGUUGUGGUGGAGCGAGAGGAAUCGGCAAGAGUUUUUCUUCUACUGGAUGGUACUGUCCUCGAACUGCUCCUUGCACGACCCGGUGGAUGAUUUUGUCCGCUCCCUAGAUGAAUACAUUGCCCAGGAAGCGCCUAGCCCAGAGCAAUUGCUGUCCAUUUUCCUCACCAUCACGGAGUUUUUGCGAGCGUGGCAGAAAGUUAAUGAGUCUCGUGGCGCUCACCUCGAGCUUAGUCGGCCCAAACCCCCUCAACUUCAAGAAUUUCUGAAUAGUCUUGGUAACUUCUCGACCUCAAGUUUAUCCGAGAGCGAGGCGGAUCGAGUUCAAAAAGAAAUUGAUGCUCUCGUAUUCCACCAAGACGACGGCUACUACGUUCGGCGGUGGCUUUGGACUCAAUUUCCGCUGAUCGGUACUGCGUUUGAGAGCAGAGUUUUUCGCAGUGCUGCAUCCAGUCGAAACUCUACACGUCAAAACACUGUAGGCCGUGUUCUGCCAGAAAGUUUGGGAAACCCAAACAAAUCUCUGGUUUCAGCAAAGCGCCGACCCCCGCACAAAGUCGCUCCUUCCUCUGGACCUGAAGGUCUUGCGGGUAGUGAAAUGGGAGCGUUGGAAUUCCUAUCAGCGGAAAACAGCGAGGGCUCUUUGGGCUCUAGUCAACUGUUGGAGCUUCGGAUGAAGUACGACAGGGUGAAGUUUGUUGCUCGAGAGAAGAACGAAGCGCUUAAAGGGCUUGAAUCGCGUUUGAUGGACGCCAAAGCCGAGGUUAGCGCAGCGGGCCAUAACGCCACGCAGACUGAUGACUUACUGGAGAGUAUUCGUACCGCCAAUGAUGAAGCUACUCUUGGCCGCCAACGCAGUGACUACUACAAACUAAUUCUGCGUCACUGCGAACUAUAUCCAGGCCGCGAUCCGAACACAAUCGAAACUGCAGAGGUAUUUGUAGCAAAAAUGAAGCGUGAAAUCGUGGAGGUGCAGCAAAAGACACAAGUUGUGUCAUACGAAAAGCGACUUGCCAAUCUCGAUGUGCCGAAACUGGUGCAGGUAACACAGGACAAUACUUCGAUUCACCAGGAGGCGCUUUCGCGGCUAAGGUGGCGCCAAGAGCUUGAUCGUCGCUUGUACUAUGCUAGUCUUUCGGCGAAAGAAGGUGGGCGGAAGGCCAGUAGCGUAUCUCGUGCCAGCAUCAGCUUCCCAACAGAAGGCGACGCUGAAGAAUCAACACCCGUUGAUCCCAAUUUCUUUCGCGCCAAGGACAAGCUGAUCCAUAUGAAGGAGAUAUCGCUGGCUCGUCAGAAGCACGUUGAGAAUUUGCAACUAUACGUGGGUAGUGCCUACAAGGAUGAUGGUAUACUGGGCGCUCUCCGUCAAGUAGGCAUCAACAAACCAGAAGAGGCCUUGGUUUACUGGCAAAACCAACUUGAUCACUCAGUUCAGCUUGAAGAAGAGGAGAAGCAGGCAGAGCAGCGCGUGCUCGAGCAUCGCGUGAAACUUGAAGCUCUCCAAGCACAAUUUGUGAACCUCAAACUCAGCGGCAGCUCCAGUGGAAGUGGCUCACUGGAGGAUGAUGCCGCCAAUUCAAACGGGGACGACGAAGCUGCAGCUUCCAAGACAAGUGUCAAUGUGAAGAUAUUAGAGAAGCAGCUGGCCGAGGCGAACGCAGUCAAGCAAAAGAAGAAGGAGCGUGCCGCACGGUUACGGUCAUUACAGGAAAAACUGCAUCUGGGACUCUUGCACAUCGCUGAACUAUUGGGUGUGACCUCGAUCCAGCAGCUCAGCGCGUUGGAACUGGUAGACGCAAUUGAAAAAGUGGUGCGAGUUGUUGCCGGAGAUGAAGCUCACCUGCAGGCAGCACCGAACCCAAGCUUCCGUCACAAGAAUAGCACUCGAAUGGUGACUAUCGCAGGACAGUCGGGAGAUUCAGCGGGGCUCCCAUCGGACACGCGUAAGCUUAGUGAUGACGACAAGGUGCGCUACAACAUCCGUAUAUCGCGCACCGAAAAGCGCCAAAUGAAUCCGUACGUGGACACCGAUUUUGACGACGACGACCACGAGGUCAACUACGACGAGGAAGACGAAAGGGAUGAUGCUGGCAACAACACAGGCGAUAGUGAUCAGGAAGGAUCGGCGCCCGAAAGACAAUCCACUCCUAAUCGACGCGAUUCCAACGUUGUGAAAAAGCGCCAGGAUAUUAAGAAUCGCUCCAAGCUCGAGUUGGAAAGGAAGAAAGCUGCACAAAAAAAGAAAACCAACGAUUAA